CAUACCUAACCUACCUAAUGACCUUAGGUUAGGGGGCUCGUACAUACAUGAUGCUUGACGCUUGAUGUGGCUCUGGUCCUAUUCGUUUAUAUCAUUUCGGGUCCCAACGGGCUACACUAUCUAAUCUUAUUAUCAACUGACUUAUUAAAAUAUGCCUUCUCCUUUGUCCAACCAUCAUUCUUCUCAACGACGCCUGUCCACUCUUUCCCCCCCGCCAUAUCCAUAUCCAUACCCGUAUCCCGCGACAACUCUCACUGUUAAUAGUCCUACCAGUCUCGACUUGUCCAGCCCUCCAUCCGCCUCCUCUGCUACCACCAGCUUCAGAGCAGACUGGUCCUCAGAUGGUGCCAAUCCUUCUACUACCAACACAGCCGGUCGCCAACCUGAAGACAUCGAGAUGGAUCCUAUAGCUCCAACAGGGCAUCGCCGCCGUCGCAGUACGUUGACCGCCACCAAUCCCAGUCUUACUCAGCCUUCCAAUUCGCGAACUUCGCGCCCACGUGCCACCAGCAUUAAGAGUUCUGGUGACCUAGAGGCUAAGAUAUCGGAAGAGAGUCAUAGUCGGGACGCGUCCAGGUCGGAUAACCGGGAAGAUGAUAGUAUGUCGGAAGAGGAUUUACACGAUGACGAGGAGACGGGUUUGACGAAGAAGGAUAAACGAAGGAAGCAGGCGAAGAGACGACGAAACACCAGAUUAGACCAGCGAAUCGCACGAGACAAGAUCACGGACGAAGAACGAAAGGAGGCGGACCAGAAUGUCGUUAAGAAAUUGACUAUCAACAUCACCUUGAUUCUACUCUGGUAUCUCUUUUCACUGUCAAUUUCUUUGUAUAAUAAAUGGAUGUUCGAUUCAGGCCAGCUCAACUUUGCAUUUCCCCUAUUCACGACCUCAUUGCACAUGAUAGUGCAAUUCACGCUUGCCGGCUUAGUUUUAUACUUCAUACCUUCUUUACGUCCUGGCAGCACGCAGAACCACUCAGAUCUAGGCAGAUCGCGCCACGAGAUCGAGCCUGAGCGGCCGAUCAUGACUAAAUUAUUUUAUUUGACGAGGAUUGGCCCUUGCGGUGCGGCAACGGGCUUAGAUAUCGGAUUAGGAAAUACAUCCUUGAAGUUUAUCACCCUUACAUUUUACACUAUGUGUAAAUCUUCUUCCCUUGCCUUUGUGCUGAUAUUCGCCUUUCUUUUCCGCCUCGAGACUCCUACGUGGAAACUGGUAGCCAUCAUUGCCACCAUGACAGGAGGCGUCGUGAUGAUGGUCGCGGGAGAAGUUGAAUUUGAACUGGGAGGGUUUAUCCUCGUUAUAGCCGCCGCCUUUUUCUCUGGUUUCCGUUGGGGCCUCACCCAGAUUCUCCUGCUCCGAAACCCGGCCACUUCGAAUCCAUUUUCCAGCAUCUUUUUCCUGGCGCCGAUCAUGUUUCUGACCUUGAUCCUAAUCGCAAUUCCCGCAGAGGGCAUUUUCGAGUUAAUCGAGGGGCUCAGGGUUCUCAGCAACGAAUGGGGUGUGGUUAAGACACCAUUGAUCCUGCUGUUCCCGGGAACGAUUGCUUUCUUGAUGACAGCUAGCGAAUUUGCUCUGUUACAGCGGAGUAGCGUGGUCACGCUCUCCAUUGCUGGCAUCUUCAAGGAAGUGGUUACGAUCUCAGCCGCGGCGCUAGUGUUCGAUGAUAGACUUACACCUAUCAACAUUUCAGGUUUGGUUAUAACCAUUUGCGCCAUUGGUGCAUAUAACUGGAUCAAAUUGUCCAAAAUGCGCAAUGACGCCCAGUUGGAUGUGCACACCAAAGGCUACCAAGCCCAGUCCGGCUCGUCGAGCGAGGUCGAUCGGGGAAGUGAUUCUGAUGAGGAGGAGACAGGGCUUCUGGCCCACGAUGACGCUAGUGGUGUAGAAGACAAUCUGCUCCCAACGAGCCAUGCCGAUCUCAUGUCGACUCCCAGACCAUCAAGCUCCACGGAGCCUCAUCGGACUGAACGUUCUCGAGAGGAUUGAUAGUCGCGUGCUCGGCUUUUCGUAUGUAAAAAAUUCACACAACAUUAGAGACGGGCAUAUAACUGGCGUAACUUGUAUAUUUAAGGAUUAUAACAUACUUGGAAAGGGAGGGUACAUACCAAGCUGUGAUCAAAAAGGCAAGGGGAACAGGCCCUAAUCGAGGUUAGAGAGAGAGAG